ACCACUCCCAUGAGCACGAUCGUUUUUCUGGGAGCACCACCUGCAGCUGAUGUCCACCGACCGUUGGAGGAUUAUGAAUGGCGAACUGCAUCGUCUACUGCUGUAAACCCCUCAAAGUCAACAGUGACUCGACAACACUCUAUGUAUCUGACGCAACAACUCGAUGGGCUUCCUCCUGCGACACUCGAAGCUGUCAGCAGGAGAAUUUCUCUAGUAUAUCAGAAUGUUAUAUUCAACGAUGCAGACGAAGAUGACAGAGAAGACGACAAAUCAGUGAUUGCAGAGACAUUCAUAACGUGGCCACCAACGGUCCUGGGCCCUUAUGGGUCUCAAAGCCAGAGCGGAGACGAAACUCAUGCCCCGGGUCCUAUACCUUCGUUUUUGGAUGUGUCCAAGUCGAUAGCGCCGGUCUUGGAAUCCCAGUUUGAGACACAAAUGGAAGAAUCUCAGUCAUACGACCACUCUGGGGGAGACUCUAUCGCGCGUUUCCCCGAGUUCCAUUUUUCGCUCAAUGCACUCACUUCUUUGUCUGCGUUGGCAAAGGCAAACGGCAAAGGGAGCAACGUCAAGGUGUCGAUGUUAUUGGCGGUUCUGGAGGUUGACGGACCAGAUACGUUUCGCUUCAAGAAGGGAAAGGAUGCAGGCAAGGAGUCGUUUGUGCUAAAGAUGAUCUUGGGUGAUGAGGAGGGAAAUGUCUGCAAGCUGACGGCAUGGAGGGAGGUAGCAGAAGACUGGGGUGGGUGUGGUUCUGACAUCGGUGCGAAACGAGGAGAUGUUCUUCUGCUGACUGGUCAGUCCUGGUUUUUCCCCGUUUAUCUCGGGGAACGUUCAAUGGUUUACGAAGAUAUCAUGGCGACAUACGAGCAGAGCGCUGCUGUAACGCUGACAGCCUCUCCAUGGCAUAAACCAAAGCUUGAGAUUUGUUAUCGGACCAUGCCCUAUUUACAUGAAGACCACCGACUUCGGCCAGAUCUGCGAUUGGGCGCGAGUGACGCUUGUGUACGAAAAGUCGCUGCGGUGGUUACAUGGUUCGAGAAUAUGGCUGGGCUGCCCGCGCAAUGA